AGUCGAGCACAGAGGAGCAGGAUUAAACGGUUGAGAGUAAACGCGAGCGUGGAGUUUAGAGGAGAAGAUUCUCAGAUGGAGCUGUAGGACAUGAUCUCCCACCUCUUCACAGGUGUUCUGAUCCGACGCCGAACGUUCCGUCAUUAAACCUGCUUGACGUUCCCCGUUUCUCGGUGGGCAGCGGUCCAUGCGCACACCCAGAGCAUCAUGGGUAGCUCCCCAGAGGUGCUGUCAUGGACCUCCUGCCCCAGCCUGUUGGUGGGAAAGCUGAAGGAGGAGCUGAAGCUCACGGUCGUGGGCGACGCGCUGAAGAAGGCCAACGGCAGCACCACGCCCUCCCCCCAGGCCCCGCCUCUUCAACCGCCCCCACAGAUCAUGGCGGACCUGGCUCCGCCCACCAGCCUCCCCGUGCCCCUGCUCCCGGGCCGGGAGGACGAGUCGGGUCUGGGCGGCACCAGCCCGGCGUGCACGGUGCUCAGCGAGGACUCCGCCCGGGAGCAGGGCCACUUCGAGAACAGCGUGCUGCAGCUGCAGGAGCACGAGGAGGAGCGGCAGGCCGAGCACGGGGGGCGCUGUCCCCACGGCGACGGGGCCGAGGAGGACGGAGGCUGUAACCAGGACGACCCCGACUGUCACCAUCACGACGACAUCAGACUGCAGUUCCACAGGGCCGGUACGGGCGGAGGAGGGUUCCUGGACGGACUGUUCGGCUGCCUGAAGCCCGUGUGGAACAUCAUAGGGAAGACCUACUCCACGGAGUACAAGCUUCAGCAACAAGACAUGUGGGAGGUUCCGUUCGAGGAGAUCUCGGAGCUGCAGUGGUUGGGGAGUGGAGCUCAGGGCGCCGUGUUCCUCGGGAAGUUCCACUCCGAGGAGGUGGCCAUCAAGAAGGUCAGAGAGCAGAAGGAGACCGACAUCAAACACCUCCGCAAGCUGAAGCACCCCAACAUCAUCGGCUUCAAGGGCGUGUGUACACAAGCUCCGUGCUACUGCAUCAUCAUGGAGUACUGUGCUCAGGGACAGCUGUACGAGGUUCUCAGGGCCGGACGGAAGGUCACCCCCUGUCUCCUGGUCGACUGGGCGUCGGGCAUCGCGAGUGGCAUGAACUACCUGCACCUUCACAAGAUCAUCCACAGAGACCUCAAGUCACCCAACGUGUUGGUCACUCACAACGACUUUGUGAAGAUCUCAGACUUCGGAACGUCUAAAGAGCUCAGCGAUAAGAGCACCAAGAUGUCGUUCGCCGGGACGGUGGCCUGGAUGGCGCCAGAGGUGAUCCGCAACGAGCCUGUAUCUGAGAAAGUGGAUAUAUGGUCAUUUGGAGUGGUGUUAUGGGAACUACUGACUGGUGAGAUUCCGUACAAGGAUGUGGACUCUUCUGCCAUCAUCUGGGGCGUGGGGAGUAACAGCCUGCACCUUCCUGUUCCCUCGACCUGCCCCGAUGGCUUCAAGAUCCUCAUGAAGCAGACAUGGCAGGGGAAGCCCAGGAACAGACCAUCGUUCAGACAGAUCCUGCUUCACCUGGACAUCGCCUCAGCAGACGUGCUGGGAACACCACAGGAGACCUACUUCAAAUCUCAGGGCGAGUGGAGGGAGGAGGUGAAGAAGCACUUUGAGAAGAUAAAGAGUGAAGGAACCUGUAUUCACCGGCUGGACGAGGAGCUCAUACGCCGCAGACGAGACGAGCUCAGACACGCGCUGGACAUCCGGGAGCAUUACGAACGCAAACUGGAGCGAGCCAAUAACCUGUACAUGGAGCUGAGCGCCAUCAUGCUGCAGCUGGAAGUACGAGAGAAAGAGCUCAUGAACAGACGAGAGCAGGCUGUGGAUAAGAAAUAUCCCGGCACGUACAAACGGCACCUGGUUCGUCCCAUCGUCCGGCCCAACGCCGUGGAGAAGCUCAUCCGGAAGAAAAGCAGCGUGAACCACAAACCCGGAACUCAGACUCCUAAAAGGCCCGAUCUGCUUCGCUCCGAUGGAAUAUCCAGUGUGGAGUCCUUCUCGGCGUCGGGCAGCCCCAGGGUUUCCACGCCGCCUGGGAAAGCGCGCUACCGUGGCAAACCGCGCCACCGCCGCACGAACAGCAAGGGCAGCCACGGCGAGUUCCCGGGGGUCCUCAGGCACGGCACGAGCACGGCCGAGGAGCAGCAGCCGUUACAGCCCCAUCAUCACAACCACCAGUCCGCCCCCAACAGCCCGCUCCUGCCCCAGCGGGGACGGGAGAGCGCCACCGCCACGUGCGCCAACGAGCUGCGCUACUUCGGGCCGGCGGCGGCGCUGCGCAGCCCUCACACGGAGCACCUGCAGAGCCCCAGCCCCGACCUCAUCAACACCACGCUGGAGGCCGACGCCCGCCAGCACGCCGGCGGCAGGUCAGACGCGCCCUGCACCUUCUGCCAGGCUCAGUCGCUGCCCGGGUGCUCGCGGUGCCAGGGCGCCACGCCGGACCGUUCGCUGAUCGGCACGCGCGGUGACUCGGACAGGAAGAAAGAGGGGAAGCGCGAGCAGGGCGGAUCGCCGCAGAACAAACUGCUGAGGAGUCUCAGAACGCCCAGCAAGGCGAAGGAAGACUCGUCUGAGGAAGAGGAGGGUGAAGUCGACAGCGAAGUGGAGUUUCCACGGAGACAGAGGCCUCACCGCUGCAUGAGCAGCUUCCAGUCCUACUCCACCUUCAGCUCGGAGAAUCUGUCCGUGUCCGACGGCGAGGAGGGGAACACCAGCGAGCACUCCCACAGCGGGCCCCUGGAGGCCCUGAGCGCCAGUCAGGAGGAACACCUGGACGAGCUCCUGUCACGCACCCCCGAGAUCCCCAUCGACAUCUCCAUGCAGUCGGACGGGCUCUCGGAUAAGGAGUGCGCCGUGCGCCGCGUCAAGACCCAGAUCUCGCUGGGCAAACUGUGCGCCGACGAGCACAGCUACGAGAACCCGCUGCACUUCAGGGAUUCGGACUGCGACUCCUCGGAGGCGGAGUGCUCGGACACCACCAUCAGGAACAAGCAGCCGGCCGCGCCCUCUUCCUGGUGAGCCGGGCGCGCGGCACGAAGAAAACCACGCAAUAAACGGGGCCUGCUGUAAACGUCCGUGCCCUCUUAUUGGCUCCGACCCCUCGCCCCAACACCCCCCCCCCGUGUAUCGCCCCCUCUCCCGUUCGAGUAAGCUCAGGCACCUCUGAACUGACGAUGUAGCUAGCGUAACGUUCAUAAUUUAUUUUUCUGCAUUCGAAUCGCAAACGGAACAAAAGUCAGGAACUCGAUGCUUCUGUCUGGGAACGAGGAACUUAUGUGUAAGUUAUGUGUGAAACUGGACGUGUGAGGACUCUCGAGUGUGCGCCCUCGGGUUCGCAAGGCGAAGCAUCGUAUCAGGAUAGUGAAGGUCGUGCCUUGAUGGGACCGGUGGAUUACCCGAAUCAGACGUGGGUAGCUAAGGGUAGGUAGCUGAGUGGGUAUCUAGCUACUGUGUACCCGAUGCCCUGCGCCCACCGGCAAAUCAGGGUCACUUCAGUUUGAGCACCAGCAUGAACAGCACCCGUCGGUCCUCGCUCUUUAAAACCCCCGACUCGCUCAUCUCAACACAAAGAAACAAACAGGAACGUGGGCUCAUGUUGGAGUUUUUGGCGGUCGGUGGGGUUUGACGUCAGUGUUGAAGCUGGAACGAAGCGGUCCAGCUUUUCUGCCUCAGGACUGAAGCUCAGAGAAGGAUCGUCAGACUUUUGACAAUAAUGCAUUCCUUUUGUUUUCUAUUUAUCAUCUCGUUUUUAUCAUCCAUUAUUGUUUAUACACUACAUGGACGAAAGAAUUGGGACACUCAACAUCAGCAUCUAUUGAGUGAAUGGGCAUGAAUUCCCAUACACAGACAUACUUAAGUCUAGUCAGAAGCCUUUAAGUUGUUCUAGCUGAAAAUAUCACAUUAUUUUUGAAAUAUGUUGUCCAACAAGCUCACGGUAAGGUGUCCGAAUACUUUUGGCCAUGUAGAGUAUUUUAGUCAAUGUAAAGAUGCAGCAGCCCUUCGAAUCCCUCAGGACUUUUUUGUGUGCUAGUGUGUGCGAUUAAAUGAAAUCAAAGGUGUAGCGUGCAACGAAAACGCUUACACUGGGGACCAUCAAAACCAGUGACCGUUCAUAUCCUCUGGAAGUUCACAAUCCACAAGUGACUUUCCAUUUAACAGGAGGGCUUGUGUGCAUUCAGGGUUAAAUCAGAAAGGCCAAAAACGAUAAUAAACUGCUGCUUUCCCAAUAUAAGAUGAGGUGCUGCGUCCCAAACCACAUAGUACUUACUAAUAAGUUAACUUAAAAUGGGAGUGAUACUGAUGGGAGUGCACUAAGUUUGUAUAGCCCUGAUUGCAUACAGAGAGUCACGCACUGCUCUCUAUUAUUCACCCUCGCUGUGCAGCGCCUCGACCGGCCAGCAGAGGCCGCAAUUGCAGCAGCAAUGAGGAAUCCCUACACCCCUCCCUCCCUCCAACACACAACCAAUAAUGUCUGUGUAGGCACCUGGCUGGUCGAUAAGAGCCGAGAUUCGAACGUCAGAGCAGUGGUGGGCUAGCGUGUAUUGCCCGUUCUAAUAUUUUAGGUACAGUGAAGCAUUGUGGGUAAGCUAUUCUCUAAAUCUGGGAGACAAAAUAAGAUCCGCCUGCUAAUAAUACAACUCGAUUCUUUACUCGUGCAUGUGUUUAUUCUGACAUAUUUAUAUUGAACUUAUUAAUGAUCCAAGUGCUGUUACACUAAUCCAAUACUGCUGAGAUCGUGGUUCGAUAUCUCAGCUGUGCUGUCGGCUGGUCGGGCAUCUACACGAACAUGAUUGGCUAUUAUAUAAUUAUUUAUUAGUUCUGUAUGGGAACGCUUUGCGAUGUUUCCUGUGUGCGUGCAGUGACUGGUGAAUGUGAAGGCUCAGGAGAAUCUCACUCAGGAGAAACCCUCUAGCUGGCUGGACAAAUGCACCGGCAAGCUAUAGAGAAACAAAGUAGUGAUUAAAAACUGUAAAAGGUUUUAAAAUACAAAAUAAACACUUUUGUUGAUGCUCAGGUUUAGUUUGUUGUACAGUGCUGCUCUUUCCACUAGGGGGCAACAGUUCUGUAUGUUGGGUAGCUGAUAAAGAACCUAAAAUAUUUAAUACAUGUAUUAGAUGUAGUAGUUGUGUAAUUAUGUUGCUUCCCUGACAGAUCCAAAUAGUUUUAUGAGGAAUGCUGCAUCUUUUAUCAUUGAUACUACUGUAUGAUUUUAAUCUUGUGUGUUUUCUGUGUGUGUGUGUGUAUGUAAUAGCGUAGACAGGGUGGCCGUUUGGCCAAAAGAUGAAGUAAUAUCACACUGAUGAGUAAAAUCAGACAAUUUUUAACGAUGGUCUUGACGUUAAAGGGCUGGUGUUUGGAGCAGGAUGCUGCCCGGAUAUAUUUGCAGCAAAUAGAACAAAGCAGAAAUCAACACCUCACUCAAAAACUGUUUGGAACCAUGAACAGGAGGAACAAGCUUAAACCCUCAUGUUCUGUUUGGGGUCCCUGACCUCACAGAAUAUCCUCAGCCUUUUUCAAUCCUCUUGACACUUAACGAAACAGCAAAUAAACACUAUUUUAUAUUGAUGUUGUGUUCCAAACACCCCCUGAUUUAUCCACUUAAGUUUGGGCUCUCAGACACUCCAGAGUUAGAAUGAUGACGACAUGAUGAACAGCAAUAGAAUUUUAUAUGGUUUUAGUUUCCGUUUGGUGUUGAGGGUUCAUUUGAGUCUUUUACACAGCGCUGGGGUCUCUGGGACCCCAAAGAACAAGGUAGUAAAGUCAAUGUCAACAGAACACGAGGGUUAAUAUGAAUAAACACUAUUUUUUAUUGAUGAUGUGUUCCAAACACCCCCUUAUUUAUCCACUUCUCUUUAAGCUCUCAGAGACUCCAGAGCUAGAAUACAUGAUGAACAGCAAUAGAAUUUUAUAUGGUUUCAGUUGGUGUUGAGGGUCCAGUUGAGUCUCUUGCACACCACUGGGGUCUCUGGGACCCCCAAAAAUAUGGCAGUGAAGUCAAUGUCAACAGAACAUGAAGGUUAAUCUGAAUAAACACUGCUUUAUAUUGAUGCUGUGUUCCAAACACACCUUUGAUUUUUACACUUCAGUUUGGGCUCUCAGAGACUCCAGAGUUAGAAUGAUGACGACAUGAUGAACAGCAAUAGAAUUUUAUAUGGUUUUAGUUUCCGUUUGGUGUUGAGGGUUCAUUUGAGUCACCACUGGGGUCUCUGGGGCCCCAAAGAAAUGUCAACAGAACAUGAAGGUUAAUCUGAAUAGUCAAAAUUCAGAUGAGGUGUUGAGAGUAUGUACCACGUUUUCCAUCUUCACCACCAUAACCGUUCCUGUACAGUAGGAUUCCAUUAUUGUUGUGUUAAUUUAUUUUAAUUUAACUCUUCUUCUUUCCUUUGUAGCUGGACUACACGAUUGUUUGAUUAAUUUAUUGUGGACUACAAGCAAGUUUAGAAAGACGAUUUCUCAGUUUUCCUGAUAUUUUUGUCCUCAUGUUAUUAUCUUGUGAAGUAUUUCCUAAAGCAGAGUAUUCAGUCUUAUCAUAAAGGAACAGAAAUGAACAAAGUUCUGUCCGACUGCUUCGGUCCCUUCGGUUUGAAUCUGGCUGUCGUUUCCUUUUGAGAGACUCGAACCGUCUGCAUACUUUUUCCUUUCAGAGCUCUCGGCUGGUUUCUAAAAUUCAACUUUUAAGUAUUAAUACUUUAAAGAAUCGGUAACACUUCAGAUUUAUCUAGAAGAUCUUUAUCAUUAAUUUUUUAGUCAUUUCUGUCAGUUCAAACACUGAAACGUCGUCUGAUGUCUCUCGGCUGAGUGACCCUGUCAGUUCUGUACGUAAUUAGCACAUGCAGCUUUAGUAAUAUUAUCAAUUACUGUAGUAAAUUUCUACGAUGGUGUAUUAAGGCCACUGGUAAAUUUGUACUGUAGAAGUUUCGAUUUUGCGAGUACAGUCGAAGUUAUUUUGAGAAUAGAGUCGAAAUAUUAUGGACAGUUGUUGUGCUAAGAUGGCCGUCGUAGCCUUUUCAGCUCACUGACGAGAGGAGCAUCUUAUCUUAGACGGUCUGAACCUUUAAAAUCUGCUUCAAAUGAAAUAGAUUUUACUUUUGUCCUCUGAAUAAACGCGUUUUUUCUGCAAAUCCGUUCUAAUACUGAGAAUUUUACGUGUAAAAUCGACACAAAAGUAGAACUUUAUUCUCAACGUCCUUCGUUUUAACACCAGGAGGCGCUGUUGCCAUAAUAUUUCUACUGUACGUUAUGCUCGACAUUAUUUGGUAUUAAUUAGGAACUUUGCUAUUCCUUCAAAAAACAAACUAGAUCCACAAUCAGCCAAAAUCCUAAAAUCUGAUGGUAUACUUUAAAUGAAUGAACGUUUUGGCAGGAGGUUAUUAUUUAAAACAUCUCACAUCACAUCAGGUGGUGGAUGUUUGAACUCCUCACUGCGGUGGCUUUUGUUCCGAGAGUGAAUUUUAAGUGAAUUUAGGACGUGGAUUUCAUGAAACAUCACAAGUGAAUAACAGACAAUGUAGAACAGUUUGCAAACGAUUUUCUUUAAAGACAAUAUGAGAUCUAGAUAGGCUGUAAAUCUACCCCUUGUUUCAAUGGGUGCAAGGCACACAGUAACACCCUGGACGGGGCAUCAGUCCAUUGCAGGGCAGACACUUAUAUACACACACACACAUUCACCUAUAGGGCAUCCAACUAACCUGACUGCAUGUUUUUGGACUGUGGGAGGAAACCGGAGCUCCCGGAGGAAACCCACGCCGACACGGGGAGAACAUGCAAACUCCACACAGACAGGACCCGGACCGCCCCACCUGUGGAUCGAAACCAGGGCCUUCUUGCUGUGAGGUGACAGUGCUACCCACCGUGCCACCCAACUUACACUACUGUGACAGUAUACAGUCUAAGCAAUUGAGGGGCCUUGCUUAAGGGCCCAACAGUGGCAACCUGGCAGUGGUUGGGUUUGAACCAGCGACCUAGUUCAGUACCUUAACCACUAGGCUACAACUGCCCUUUGCAACGUUCUUGUCCCUCCCUAGUCCAUUCACUUAUUCUUUAUCUGUUCAUUAAUACACACAUACAAUAGGAAGAAAAGCUCAGAUAGUAAAUACUCAGAUUGAAGCUGUUUGCUCAGGGUGCAAAAUAUUGAAUCCUUUACAUAUUUAACACAUUUGUCUUUAUUUAAUUUGGCAUUUAUGUGAUUAUGAGGCCCACAGCUUUUUGAAGACCUGUACUAAGACUGUGGCUGGGUGUUGGGUCCUUAGCAGACAUUUACGAAGACAUUACAAAGUUAGGCAUGUUUGGUUCUAUCAUCAUUUGAAGUAUACCACCGUCUUAUUAUGAAAGGACGCUUGAUAAAUCUAUGAAUAUAGACAGAGAAACGUUUCUCAGUGUUAUUUGUUGUAACACUGUCUCUGUUCCUUGGUGCAAAGCCGAUUCUGACAAGUACUAAUCAUUUUUAUAUUCAAACCAGAAACAAGUGAAAAUGAACCAUCAGAUUUUUUAUUUCACAAACAUUUGUUCUGUAUUUCUGGACGUCUACUGUUUGCCGUUAUUCACGACGAGUUUCUCAUUCACCUGCACAUUUAUAAUUAUUGUUCAUGUACCUGAACGGAUGCAUAAACGGUUAUUUUCUUAUGAACUAUUUUUGUGCAGAAUGUGUUAAAACUCUGAGCUAUUUUUCUUCUCCUCCAGUAUGUUUCUUACUCAUGUCCACUUCCCCUGUCCUGAUCUUGAAUGGCUCUAUGAUCAACCAAUCCUGACGAUUUCCUGUAUUAGCCUGUGUACAGUGCAACGGAUGCAGGAAGGAAUGAAAUCAAAGCAAACAAACAAACUGCAUGGAAUAAAAGCUGAUGUACUGUACCUCA